AUGCAGAUCAAGUGCUUGUUGAAGGCCAACACAUUCAGUCACGCUUUUCAUUAUCAAUUUCCAGAAUUAAGAGAUGUUUUGCUCAUUUUAUUAUAUUAUUUAUUUCUGCAUAAAUAUGCAACUCUUAAAGAUAUUUCAGGUUUACUCUUGAUUUAUUUUCUGACUGAAUAUUUCAUCGGAUUAAAUGUUGACUUAAAUCAACAAGCUUCAAAAAGCAGAGAUACUUAUCUUUUAAAUUGUUCACAUUUAUACUUUUACUCGAGACUUGUGCUUAAGUAA